CAGCCAAGCAUCCCACAUUCAACAGGAGAAGCCCGCCCGAAAGGAUCCCCGAAACCCCGCGCCGCAGCCGCCGCAGCCCGUGCGCCCCGCGCCCCGGUGCGCCAUGGCCAAGGAAGGAGUGGAGAAGGCGGAAGAGACCGAGCAAAUGAUCGAGAAAGAGACUAGCAAGGAGCCGGCCGAGGGCGGCGGCGGAGACGGCUCGCACCGCCUGGGGGACACCCAAGAGAUGCGCGCUGUGGUGCUGGCCGGCUUCGGGGGGCUCAACAAGCUGCGGCUCACCAGGAGGGCCAUGCCGGAGCCGCAGGACGGCGAGCUCAAGAUCCGCGUCAAAGCCUGUGGUUUAAACUUCAUCGACUUGAUGGUUCGACAGGGAAACAUUGACAACCCCCCCAAGACUCCCCUGGUGCCGGGAUUUGAGUGUUCCGGGAUUGUGGAAGCUCUGGGAGACAGCGUGAAAGGAUACGAGAUUGGGGACCGUGUUAUGGCAUUUGUCAAUUACAAUGCCUGGGCAGAGGUGGUCUGCACACCGGUGGAGUUUGUCUACAAGAUCCCAGAUGACAUGAGCUUCUCUGAGGCUGCUGCAUUCCCCAUGAACUUCGUCACAGCCUACAUGAUGCUCUUUGAAGUUGCCAACCUCCGGGAAGGAAUGUCUGUGCUUGUACACUCAGCUGGUGGUGGCGUGGGCCAAGCUGUGGCUCAACUGUGUUCUACUGUCCCCAACGUGACUGUCUUCGGAACAGCUUCCACUUUCAAGCAUGAAGCUAUCAAAGACUCCGUGACCCACCUCUUCGACAGAAACGCAGACUACGUGCAAGAAGUGAAAAGAAUCUCUGCUGAAGGCGUGGACAUCGUUUUGGACUGUCUCUGUGGGGACAACACUGGCAAAGGGCUCAGUCUUCUCAAACCCCUGGGAACUUACAUUUUGUAUGGCUCAUCCAACAUGGUGACUGGGGAAACCAAGAGCUUCUUCAGCUUUGCAAAAUCGUGGUGGCAGGUGGAGAAAGUGAACCCCAUCAAGCUGUAUGAGGAGAACAAAGUCAUCGCCGGCUUUUCCCUUUUAAAUCUGCUCUUCAAACAGGGCCGGGCAGGCCUCAUCCGAGGAGUGGUGGACAAACUCCUGGGGCUCUACACCCAGAAGAAGAUCAAGCCAGUGGUGGACUCCUUAUGGGCUCUGGAGGAGGUGAAGGAGGCCAUGCAACGGAUCCACGACCGCGGGAAUAUUGGCAAGUUAAUUCUGGACGUAGAAAAGACCCCUACCCCACUGAUGGCCAACGACAGCACGGAGACCAGCGAGGCCGGGGAGGAAGAGGAGGACCACGAGGGGGACAGCGAGAACAAGGAGCGGAUGCCUUUCAUCCAGUAACAGGACCCAGGGAGGAUAUGAAGGAUGGUGUGAAGAGGAGGACCCGGCCGAGAAAACCCUUCUGUGCCCCAGUGAACAAAUGCUGUAGUCCCGUGCGUGUCGUGUUUGUCUGCAGCCAGCUGAGCUACAAAGCUGUCGAUCACUGUUGUUUUUUGAAAUUAAGUGCCAAUCCCAUCCCAUGCGGUUAUUAUGUCCCGCCCCCAUCUGUGUAUUACACUCUCCCUCACCCCUGUAUCAAAACCACUCAUGUGUGGGUCCCUCUCAAAAGUUCUAGAACAGCCUUGCAAAUUAAUACAAGCCCAGAAGCAGAAUGCCUGAGAGACCAGAUGUGGGCAAAGAUGAGUGUGGAUUGAAAGGGGUGAUCACAGAGCACCGUCCAGGUCCUAGAAUUCUUCAGGCCAGUGACACUUUUUGGGCCAGCCACCAGGCCUCUGAUGAGAGCACUUGCCAAAUUUGGCCGGCAGAAAAAGGGUAGGCCGGGAGAUGUUUUCACGAGCCCAUAAAUUUAGAAACUCUCCAACUAGUACUUUUUCUCUCUUUGUUUAAGAGGCAACUACAGUCAAAAGGUUUGAGCCACCCUCCUUUGUACCCCUCCGAAGUUUGGCCCUCGCACUGGUUCUUCUCCUUAAAUGCAAGGAGGUGGGUGUGGCUCUUUCAGGAUAGAAAAUCAAUCAACAGCAUGAGUUGGAGGACCAGCCACAAAGAUUCUCCCCACAACCACAUCUCAUGAGCUGAAUCCUCCCCCCACCCAUAUUUGUUUUAAUUUUAAGAAGACUGACCACGUAUGGGACUAAUUCAGGAGUCAUUACUGAGAUUCACUUGUGUUUACACACACUUGUCAUCAGCAUUACCUAUUUUUCAAUUCCUGAUAGUAAGCGGCAGCCCCCUUUACUGAAAGGAAGAACUCUCUUGCAGACCCUAUUUAGAAAAAUCAAUGAGUAUCGUUUCUCUUGCCGAAGCACGUUCCGACAUGUAACAAACUCUAGUGACAACAGAAGGCUGAUGCUCACCACCAAAUGGGCAGCUUCUCCCCUCUGGUACACAGAACCAUGGUGCAUACUCUCCAGGGCCCCUGCUCUUUGGAACCCAAGAAUCAAGCUACUUGCUUACCUUAUUCAAUUUUCAAGCUCCUAAGCUCCUACAGACCCCAUUCCCACCCUCAUGCCAUUUGACUGCGCUUGAGAGGUGAACCCUUGAGGAAGAGAAAGAAUGUCAGGGUCUUUCGAAGAGAUUUCCUCAUUCUCACCUUUGGGCCAAAAGGGUUCGCUCCAUCUCUCACGAACCAUGGUGGAAACACAAGGAGCCCACACCACUGGCACUCUGACUUUCUUUGUGUUCUGGGAAACCUUGGAGGAUUCCUGCAUUGCCCAGUCUCCCCACCAACAAGCCUUAGGGUGGGCCCAACUCUUCCCCCAAGUGGUGGGCAAGAAGGCAUUUCAGCAAACGCCUGUGCCAUUUCCAAAGUCCCUUUGUAAGAACUGUCGCCUCAUGCUUCAUGUUCCUUUGUAUCCUAUCCUAAGCUUGUGAUGAUGAUGUAUUUAUGCCAAAUAUUUAUGGGAAGGGAGUUUCUCCUCAUUGUAGAUGUGCAUGUAAAAUAUGGAGACAAGAAAGGGUGCUGUCAUCUGACAAGCCAAGGGAUCAGAGGAUCUCAACAGAGGAUGCCACUAACACCUCCUCCUGCCCCAGGACUCACCAAUAUCCAGUUCUGGGCCAUCUAGAAAGAUAACGGGGUGUUCAUUCCCCCAUUACCUUUGCUAAGUGCCAUAUGAUUAGUUGUAUUUCUCCCAUAACUAUGCUGAAAGGAAGUCUUAAGAAGAACCACCGUUCAAGUGACAUUUCCAGUAAGCUGGGCAGAAACAGGCAUUUUCUAGGGCUGAAGGUGCCGAGAGCCACCGACCAUUAGCUCUGUCCUUCCUCAGGGGAGUGGGAACUGGAUGACGUUCAGAAUGGAGGCCGCCUUUGUCAUGCCCAGAGGAGAAACAUGGAAAAUCAUUCCCCACCCAAAUCCGGGCAGGGGGGUUGUUACUCCAUCAAUCACAAAUUACACCAGUUGAUUAAAGAAAAUCCUUUCCUCUCCUGAGAAUACAAAAUGUGAAAACUAGAGUUUGACCAAUCAGAUCAAUUUCUGCCAUAAAAAAUGGGGGGAGGAGGGUGGGGAAACAUUCAAAUUAACUGUUUCAUGUACUCUCAUUUUAAGCACCUUCUUUCCUAUCUCUUGAUUGUUUUUUUUUUUUUUCCCUGAAGGAAGUGUAAAGAACAUCUCAGUUUGCCUUAAAAGGAACUGUGAAGGCUUCUCUGUAUUUUAAGCUUGAUCGGAGUGAACUGAAACAUUGUCUAAUGUCUCUGUGGCUUUAGAGCUUUUGUUAUAUUGUGCCUACAAAGCGAAUUAUGUUUACAUGAAAAAUAUAAAUAAAGUAUUCAGCAUAGCAAGACCUC